AAAAACACUUCCGAUGGCUAAAUUUAUUCUUCGUAUUUGAAGAGUUCAAUGUUUAUAAAUAGUGGGACCAUCUGACAGAUGAUAAACAAAAACAGAUCAUUAUUUUGAAUAAUAAAACUAGCACGCAAUACUAGAAUAUUAGUUGUGAAGAAUUCUUCUCAUCUGUAAAAUGGGCUAUGUGACAAUAAAAGAAUCCACCAAUGACAAAUUGAUAUUAACAAGAGAACCUGGUAUUUAUGCAUGGAGUAUUCUUUUAGGUGCAGUUACAUUCGGGUUGGGUGCUGCAUAUUAUGGUUCAGAUUAUAUAAUAUGGAAGAUAAUGUAUGUUAGUGGAGCUGUGUAUAUUGGUAUAUCAUGUAUGGAUGAAUGGGAGAUUUGUGAAUUGAAUAAAGAAACAAAAGAAAUCAGAUUAAAAAGAACCAGCAUGUUACAAAAACUAUUACCUUUUUACUUUGAACAGCACACAGUUGUUAGUAAUCUGGAUGAAAUAGUUGAUGUAAGAAUUGAAGAACAAGAUGUAAAAUAUUUCGGUAAAAGUUAUCAAGUUGCAUUGGUAUUAUCAUCUGGCAUAUCAUUAGGUGUUACUGAUGCAUUUACUUUUGGUAAUGAUAGUGAUCACAAACAAAUUGCAGAGAAAAUAAAGAAAUUCCUAGAUUUAGAAAAUAGACCAGUUUAUCCUAAAAGUGAAAAUGAUAUAGAUAUAUUAGGACAGGGAGAUGAUGUUGAUGAUGAUUCCGAAGAUAGUUUUGAACAGAUAGAUCCAUCAGAAGUUACUACAGAAGAGGAAAAUGAUUCACUUCCUUUGUAAUUUGUGUCCAAAUUUUUGAGCUUUGUGAUAUUAUAAUUUUAGACUUUUGAGUAUAUUAUAUGGGUUUUGUUUUAGAGGUUAAGGAUUCUAUAUAGCCAAAGUUAUGGCUAUUUCAAAUAAUAAUCAUAUGUGAUUUGGACAUUAGGAAAUCCCGACUAAAUAUUAGAAAUUCUAAAACUGGUGUGUUACUUAAAGAAAUGUUACCUCUUAGAAUGCACUUAAAUCUGAUAAAUCCAUAGUUAUAAACAACUUAUAAGCGUUUUUCUUAAAAUACUUAGUUUUAUGGAUUUAUCAGAUUAUAGAGGUAUUCGUAAGUCGUAAGAUGAAUUUAUUCUCUUAUUGGACAUGUUUGAAAAUCUAAAUUUUAUGUUCAUUCUAAGAGGUUAGUAUUACUUUUAGAUAUUCCUUUUAGAUAAUUUUUACAGUUUUGAAUGCAGCUUGGCCUUUCCCUGAGCAGAAAUUGUCUUGUAAUCUAAGUUAAGGGUAUUUUUCGUGUUGGGUAUAGUCAACCUUCUUUUUUGUGCCAUUCACCUUAUAAUGUAAAUACCCUUCAACAAACCAUGGACAACUUGGUAAACAAAACUCUUACUUUCAGCCCAAUGCAGUUUUAAGCAUCACAAGUUUCAUUCUGAUACUGCAAACUGCAAUCGAUUUAUUGUUGUUUUUACACAUUUUAGUGCAUAAAUUUAUACAUUGCUUGAUGUAUUGUGAUUAUCAAGUAUGAAGACAUUUUGGAGAUCUUGUCUGACAAGGCAGGCAAAUACAGAGACAACCCCUAUGGUGUCAUUACUAAACAAUCCAAAUAAAAUAGUGUACCUGGU